CAUGACGAUGGUUCCGACGGAGAUCAAAGAACGCCUAGCCAUUUCCUUUGAACAUCUGCGCACCGCAACCGUCUUGGAUGAGACAAGGUUAAAGAACUGCUCGAACGAGAUCGCACGUGCUCUUCUUGAUUCCGAUUUUCCUGUAUCGCUUGUGACUGAGAUUGAGGGGAAAAUCCAGACGAUCAUCGAUACCAAUGAAGCGUGUGAGAGUCGCAAACUAAUAAUAUACAAGACUAUUUCGGAAGAACUUUCUGGGAUCCUAGACCCCCGAAAAUCUGCAUCCAUUCAGGGAAAGCGUGAAAGCAUUGUGAUGUUUAUCGGCCUACAAGGUUGUGAAAAGAGCUACACGUGCGCCAGAUAUGCUCGUUACCACAUGAAAAUGGGAUUCAAGCCUGCUUUGGUGUGCGCUGAUACUUUUGCGAUUGAUGCUUUUGAUUUGCUAAAGAAAGCUUCCAAAGAUGAGGUCCCUGUGUACAGAAGAAGCUGCAAGAGAGACCCUGCCAGAAUUGCCAGCGAAGGAAUCGCAAAGUUCAGGAAAGAUAGCCGUGACUUCAUAGUUGUUGACACCACUGGCCGGCACACAGAGUUUUAUGCCUUGUUUGUGGAGAUGCGCCGAUUAGCCAAUGCAGUGAAACCAAAUCUUGUAAUAUUUGUCAUCGACGGCAGUGUCGGUAAGGACGCAUUUGAACAAGCUCGUUCAUUCAGGGAAAGCUUUCCUGCUGGGGUUGCUAUUGUUACCAAAAUAACCACCUACGCAAAGUCCCUUGGUGCUCUCGCCGCUGUUGCCGCAGCAGAAUGUCCGAUGAUAUUCUCUACAAAAGGAGAGAAGGGUAAGGAGUUCAAAGUAUUUGAAGCAGAGUCGUUUGUCAGGCAGCUCAUGCCAGCUAAUCAAGAUCAUGAACAUAAGGAUAAGACUCCUGAAUUUGCUUAUACAUUGAGGAAAAUGUAUGCUUAUUUCAGGGAUUCAUGCGGAUAUGAGCAUAAGGUUUUGCGCGGUUCUAAGCCACUGGUAGACAUCCCGACAAUGAAGCUGUACAUCAAAAUAAUGGACAACAUGACAAGUGAAGAGCUCGAAAAAUCAGAAGUAAGCAAGGAACGUAUGGUGCAUUUAGCUGAACAAUCCAAUGUAGAUGUGAUUCAAAUUGUGGGCAUGAUGAAAUUGUACAAGAAGAAGGCCAAGGCGUGGCUGAAGAUGAAGGAGGGGAUGUGCAAACUUGAAUUGUAUUAUAACAGAUGCUCAAACUCACAAAGAUGAAAGUUGUAUGUAAUGGAAUGAGGUAUCUAAUCCGUUUGUGUUCUCGGACUUUUUCUUAUCAAAGCUUUUUUUUGUCGA